AUGUCGUGGUUCAGUGGCGCCGACCCCGUUGCAGAACUAGAUGCUAAAAUUGAGGAGGCCUCCUCCGAGACCAUCCCCAAUGGCGAGAUGGAUAUUGCAGUUGGCUUAGAAAUCACAGAUAUGAUCCGAAGCAAGAAGGUGCCACCUAAAAAUGCCAUGAGGUCGUUGAAGAAGCGACUCACAAAAGUGCAUCAAAAUCCCAAUCUAUUGCUUUCUACAUUGAAGGUGAUCGACCUUUGUGUCAAAAAUUGUGGCGCCCACUUCUUGUCCGAGAUUAACCAGAAGGAGUUCGUGGACUACUUAGUGGACUACAUCUUCAAAGUUCACUACGAUGUGAAGGACUACAAGGUCUACUCGUCCGAAGCAAAGUAUAAGAUUGGUACCACAAUUUUGAAAUUCAUAAAAGAGUGGAACUUAUGCCUCAAGGAUGCAACCCACACCAGGUACUUGGACAGAGUGUACGAGCUGUUGAUGCUGCAGGGCUACGAUUUUCCCGAGGUUGACAGCCUGCUUUUGCAACUGGCAUCCACAUUUGCCGAUUCAAGAGCCCCACCUGACUGGAUUGACGGCAACGAGUGCAUGAUUUGCUACAACCCAUUCAGCGUCAUGACGAGAAAACAUCACUGUCGAGCAUGCGGAGGAGUGUUUUGCCAGACGCAUUCCAGUAAUAAUAUUCCCCUUCCGGCAUUGGGUAUCUUGCAACCGGUGAGAGUUUGUGACGAUUGUUACCAGAUUCAUAAAGAGACUGGCUCCUGCCCCAAAAACGCCCCUCAAGAGUCCGAAGAAGAUGAGCAGCUCAGAAAGGCCAUUGAGUUGAGCUUGCAGGAGAGUCAGGGACCCGCUGCAACAAACUAUGCUCCUCCUCCUACUGCCCCACCAGCAGCGGAGACACAAAAUGAAGCGGCCGAGGUUAAUGAUGAGGAUAUGGACGAGGACAUGAAGGCUGCUAUCCAGGCCUCCUUACAGGAGUACAAACAAGAGCAGAGCUUACGGCAGCCCCCACCAUCACAAGUUCAGUACCAACCCUCACAGCCAGCCGCAGAGCCAGAACUGGAAUUUUACCAGACGUCUCUUCCGUUCGAUCUUAAUGCCUAUUCCCAACCAUCACAGCCUUCCCAGACACCAUCCUACGGGCCAUCCGACCCAAGCUUUUACCAGAAUGCUCCAAGCAAUCCAACUCCACAACACCCAAUUCAACAGCAGGCCACAAAUCAAGGGAGAUUGACGCCUCAGAAAACGAAGGUGGAGGAUUUGACCGAAGAGGACGAGGAGCUGAUUAACCUCUACUUGCAGUUGAUAGCUGGACUUCAGACUGAUAGGUCAAAACAAGCCAAUGUCUUGCACGAUCUGAACCUCAGUGAAUUGCAUGAGAAGGUGAUAAGGUUGAAGCCAAAGCUAAAUCGCUCGCUUCGUGUUGCAAUUGAGAAGAAUGACCAGUUCUUGGAGAUGAAUAACAAGCUUAGUACAAUUACUCGUCUCUAUGAUCAAUUCUUGGAAGCCAAACUCAAUCAGGCGUACAACAGACAUUCAUUGUCAUCGCCCCAUUACUCACAGGCCCAAAUGUAUGGUGCUCCUCCUCAGAUGACUGGUCAAGUUACUGGCCAGACAAUCGGACUGGCUUAUCCACAAUACACUGGUCAGGGAAGACAACAACAAGAGUUGCAGCAACAGCCUACUGCGCCAGAGCAGGUAGAGUCUCAUCACACUGGACCUGUGAAGAGGCAGGGCACGGGUUAUCCACACCCCAACAGCUCUUACACUACGAAUGCACCCUAUCCAUACGAUGCAUCCAGUAUGCAAAGUCCGCCAUCACAAGAUGAGUCUCAUACUCCUGCUAACGGUACAUCAUUCGAUCAGUCCUUCCCGUCAUAUCCACAACAGCCUGAUUUUGGCGAUCAGGGUCCUUCCCAUCCAUCAGAGCCCAAUGGCAUAAGCGGAAGACAAGACACUGGAUUUUACCCCACUGAGCCAUCAUUCGGCGAAUCAGAUAACGAAAGUUCUGCUAGUGUGGCAAGUAGAUAUCCGCCAGUGGCUGGAGGUGAAUACGGAGGAAUCGAACCUCAACCGACAGCGGCACACGAGCAUGCGUCUGAGAGAUAUCCCACGAUAGACGAGAUUGAGCAAAAGGAUGAACAAAAUACUAUGCCUACGUUAGCGCAUCCUCAAGCUGAGGGCAGAAGGCCCAAAUCUGAGCCAGAGCCACUUAUUGAAUUGUGA